AUGCAAUUGAAUCGUACCUGUUGCUGUUUGGAUCGCGGAUUUGAUGAAUCCGACACGUGUUAUGGAGUCAAUUGGGAACAUCGUACCGGAAGUUGUAACGACACGAUUCUACUUAAGGGCUUAAAGAUCAGUUUAUUGAAGCUUAAUUUUGAUAGAAGUCGUUUGCCAUUAAAUUUGUGGAGGGGCUAUUGGAGGAUUGCACAACCAAUCACUUUGAGGUUUGACUUUUUAAGAGAUUGGUUCUUGGUUCAUUUUAUCCCCAGGAUCUUGAAUUUUUCAUCAGAUUUAAUUUCUGCAAAACCGAUUGAAAUCAUGGUAGAAGAUCACGAUAAAGUUGAUAAAGCUGUGCUUGACUUUCGGUCAACCGAAGAGUGGCUAUCAUACACCAAAGAUCUUGUACCUGUGGCUCUCGAAAAGGCCAGAAAAGUUAACGGAUUUCCAGGAAGGUGGAAAAUGAUCAUAUCAAAAUUAGAACAAAUCCCGACUCGAUUAUCAGAUUUAUCGAGUCAUCCAUGUUUCUUGAAGAACACAUUAUGCAAAGAACAACUUCAAUCAGUUUCAAAAACUUUAAACGAAUCAAUCAAAAUGGCAGAAAAGUGUUCAAAAGAGAAACACGAAGGAAAACUCCAAAUGCAAAGCGAUCUCGAUGCGUUAUCUGGUAAAAUCGACUUGAACCUACGAGACUGCGGGCUUUUGAUAAAAACUGGGGUUUUGAGCGAGGUUGCAUUGUCGAGUUGUACCUUGUCUGCUCCUGAAGGUACAAGUCAUGGAAGCUAUAGCGUUACAGAGUUAUUAGCUCGGUUGCAAAUUGGGCAUCUGGAAGCUAAGCAUAAAGCUCUCGAUAGUCUUGUUGACGUGAUGAAAGAAGAUGAAAAGACAGUUUUGCCCUUCUUGGGACGAAGUAGUAUUUCGGCCUUGGUACAACUCCUUACAGCUACGUCUCCAAGAAUUCGGGAAACGACUGUUACUUUGAUUUGUACGUUAACAGAAUCGGGUAUUUGUGACGAUUUGCUUGUAUCCGAAGGUGUUUUGCCGCCUUUAAUAAGGCUACUUGAGUCCGGAAGCUCAGUCGGAAGGGAAAAAUCCGCAAUUGCCCUUCGAAGAUUGUCGGUAUCACCGGAGAUCGGGCGGGCAAUAGCGGGCCACGGUGGUGUGCAACCUUUAACGGAAGUAUGUAGCUCGAGUGAUUCCGUUUCCCGAUCUUCGGCGACUUGUACUUUAAAGAACUUAUCUGUGAUUCCCGAUCUCCGACAAACCCUAGCCGAAGAAGGUAUCGUGACCAUCAUGAUCGGAUUACUCGAUUCCGGGGUAUUAUCGGUAUCGGAAUACGCGGCGAAAUGUUUGCAGAAUCUAACCUCGAGUAAUGAAGAUCUCAAAAGAGCGGUUAUCACCGAAGGUGGAGUUCGCAGUCUCUUGGCGUACAUUGACUCCGGCCUACCGCAAGAAGCGGCAAUCGGGGCAAUUCGUAACCUCGUGGGGUCUGUUUCGGCUGAAACCCUAAUUUCUCUUGGAUUGCUUCCGAGACUUGUCCACGUACUUGAUUCUAGCUCGACCGGAGCUCAGAAAGCGGCGGUCGGAACCCUAAUUAGGGUUUCCCAUUCGCCGGAAGUGAAAAAAGUCGUGGGCGAGAGCGGAUGCAUCCCUUUGCUAAUCAAAUUACUUGAGGCGAAACCGAACGAGGUUCGUGAAGUGGCGGCGCAGGCGAUCGCAACCCUAAUGACAGUUCCUCGGAAUGUUCGCGAAGUGAAGCGGGACCCGCGAAGUGUACCGGGUUUGGUUCAAUUGCUUGAUCCGAGCCCGCAAAACACGGCUAAAAAGUAUGCGGUUUGUUGCCUUGGGGUGUUAUCGACCAGCAAGAAGUGUCGAAGGCUUAUGAUAUCGUAUGGCGCAAUCGGAUAUUUGAAAAAACUUACGGAAAUGGAUAUAAUAGGAUCAAAAAUGUUGUUGGGAAGAUUGCAAAGAAGGAAAUUUGGAAACUUUUUUGGGAAAGAUUAGGGUUUUGAGAUGUGAAAUGUUGUUUCAUAAUUCACUGUCUUCCAUGAAGCAUUGUAAGUUAAAUGUAUGAAUCAACUUGGGAUGUUUCUAUAAGGUUAUAAAAAGCAAGGUUAAAUG